UGCGGGACCCACAAACACCGAUGGUUCCCCUGCAGUGCGAGAGAUCAGCGAUGGGACCGGGAACAGAGAGAGAGAGGGAGGGAGGGAGGGAGGGAGAGAGGUGAGUGCUGCUGCAGAACAACAUUUAGCCUGGCUGAGGAGUUAAACGGCGCGCAGCGGCACAUCUGCUCCAUCCAGGCAUUAAUCCUGUUGUGAUAGCCAUGUUCUUAAAGCAGCUGCGGCCUCUGGCCUUUGGGAAAAUGUCCUUUGUGCUUUUCAUCCUGACUUCUGCCCUCUCAGUGACUUCCCUGCCUGCUGACAUCGACAAGGGAAGGAGGAAGGUGGUGCAUGUGCUCGAGGAUGACACCGGAGCGGUGAUUGUGCAGACGGCUCCUGGUAAAGUGGUGACACAUCGCGGUGGCUCCAUCACUCUGCCCUGCAGGUUCCACCAUGAGCCGGAGAACAUCGAUCCUGAUCGCAUUCGGAUUAAAUGGACCAAAGUGACUGAUGCACUGCAGUUUGAGGACGUCUUUGUGGCACUUGGAAGGCAGCAGCGUGUGUUUGGAUCGUACAAAGGCCGUGUGUUUUUGGAGCAGGCGGGACCAGGUGACGCCUCAGUGAUCAUCCAAAAUGUCACACUGGAGGACUACGGGCGCUUUGAGUGUGAAGUCACAAACGACAUGGAAGAUGAUACGGGAUUCGUGAACCUUGACCUUGAAGGAGUGGUGUUUCCCUACUACCCCCGUGAGGGGCGCUAUAAGCUCAACUACCAUCAGGGGGAGGAUGCCUGCAAACAACAGGACGCCAUUCUGGCCUCUCACUCUCAACUGCACAAGGCCUGGCUGGAGGGACUAGACUGGUGCAAUGCUGGUUGGCUGGAGGACGGCUCAGUCCAGUACCCUAUCUCUCAUCCCAGAGACCAGUGCGGCCGCAAGGACAACCCCGCUGGCGUGCGUAACUAUGGCUACAGGCACAAGGAGGAUGAGCGCUAUGAUGCUUUCUGCUUCACUUCCAAGCUCAAUGGCAAAGUGUACUUCCUCAAACGCUUUAAGAAGGUGAACUAUGCGGAGGCGAUGAAGGCUUGCAUUCGAGACGGCUCAGCGGUGGCCAAAGUGGGUCAGCUGUACUCUGCGUGGAAGUUCCAGCUCCUGGACCGCUGCGAAGCCGGCUGGCUGGAGGACGGCAGCAUCCGUUACCCCAUAGUCAACCCCCGCUCUCGCUGCGGAGGAUCCCAGCCAGGCAUCCGACACCUAGGCUUCCCUGAUAAAAAAUUCCGCCUCUAUGGCGUCUACUGUUUCCGCAAGAACAAGGACGAGACGGCAGGUGAGACGACAAAAAGCACCGCAAAUAGUCUGACAAGGAGGAAGAGCAGCAACGACAUCCCUGUGAACGCUACGAGGGUGAUUUAAAGUGGAGAGCAAGAGAGGGGGGGAUGCAACUUUAGAUUUGACAGCAACAACUGUCGCCAUGGCAGCCAAUUCAUCGCUUUUAAAGUAAAACACUCACAGACAAGAUGUGCUCAUUUGCCAGAGAGAAGAAGCGAGGCUGUGUAAAAUUAAGGGUGACAUCUUUAUUAGGAUGAUUUUCCUAUCGUCUCUCCAGUCAGUCAAUCUUCUUAAGGAGCGUAGCACAUCUGUCGGAGGUUAAACAGCAGCUUGAUCAUCACUCAUCAGGCACACAUCAGAUCAGAGAGUCUGUCAUGAGUAUCCAUGUUUACGUGAGUGUGUGCGGAUCAUAUUUUGGCCCCCGCUGUGGCUCCUGAGCUCUCCAGUCUGAGCCAGAAACCCAGUGGCAGGGUGAACACAUUCAUUACUGGGUGAGACGGGAUCAUCUGCUCAACUGUAUGGGGAAAAUAAAAAUCCUGUACGUUUUGAUUGUGCCGAGUGUAAUUGCCUGUAUCCGGGUGCCAUGCUUAGUUAGUAACCCUCUGGCACAAUGGGAGUCAUUUUUCUCAUUAACCAAGACCUGGCAAUCUCAUCGUCGGAGCUGAACAAGUAGUAAAUAUUGCACUAGCACUAAAAUAUUUGCACUUUAAAUACAUAGAGCUUUAUUUUAUGAUAGCAUCUUAGCUUAGACUAAAGCGAGCAUGUAUUGCUUGGCUGAGUAGCUGCUGAGGCUGAAUAAGCACAAAUACAAAGCUACAAUAAUUGCUAUUUACCUCACAUACUGCACUUCUUCUGAGCUACCUGGGCCACCAAUAAAUGUUACAUGCAACAACCUUUAUUAGAGAGUAUGUUUACCACUAUGGAUGAAUGUUCUGGGAAAAAAAUAAAAGUCUUGAAAUUGU